AUGUUGCGUCCACGGUGUCGACGUCCACGGAAUCUGCUGGAACGCAGCUGGCGAAUUCUGCUACUGGAGCUAAGAUCCCAGAAUUGGAUAAAAAAGCUAGGGCAGCGAAAUGAGCGCUGGAGAGCUGCCCAGCGUUAUGGGACACGCCAGGAUUUUUCGCACAAUGGCAGCUUUCAUGAGGCGGUGGGGGCCGUGCUUGUGAUGGCCCAGUGCUUUUGCGUAAUGCCUGUGCGCGGCAUACUCGCAUCUACGCCAGACGGAUUGUCUUUCAGUUGGCACAGCUGGCGCACCUGGUAUUGUGUCGGCUAUAUGUGCACCACAGUGCUGGACACGAUCUUCACUAUCAAUCAGGUGGUGCAUGGCAAACUGGAUGUACGGAACAUGGAGCCUAUCAUCUUUCACGUCUCCAUACUGCUAGCCUCCGUGCAAUUUCUACAUUUGGCCCGUAAGUGGCCCAAGCUUAUGCAUCAAUGGGCCUGUGUGGAACAAGGGCUGCCCAAGUUCGAAAACUGGCAGCAGCGUGAGCAUCUCGCAAGAAAAAUCCACCGAGUCACCUUUGUGCUGAUGAUGCUCUCGCUGACGGAGCACUUGCUGAGCAUUGUUUCUGCGAUACACUUUGCCAACUAUUGUCCGGCACGCAAGGAUCCCAUCGAAUCGUACUUUUAUAGCUCCGGGUCGCAAAUCUUUUUCAUCUUUCCCUACUCCGCCUGGCUGGCCUGGCUAGGCAAGGCACAGAAUGUGCUGCUCACUUUUGGCUGGAGCUUUAUGGACAUAUUUGUGAUGAUCAUAGGCAUCGGUCUGAGCGAACUCUUGGCCCGCCACACUAUAUGCCUCAAGAGUCAUGCCGAACGGGACAUGUCAGAGGCAUUUUGGACGAGUACACGCACUCAGUAUCGCCUCAUUGUGGAGCUCAUCAUCGAGGUAGACGAGGCCGUCUCGGGCCUUAUCAUGUUGUCCUUUGCCAAUAACUUGUACUUUAUCUGCCUACAGCUACUUAAGAGCAUCAACAAAAUGCCAUCGAUGGCCCAUGCAGUGUAUUUCUAUUUCUCGCUGUCGUUCCUGCUUAUUCGAUCCCUGGCCGUACUCCUCUAUGUGUCGGCGGUGAACGAACGGGCCAAUGAGCCCCUGGGGCUACUCCGUCUUGUGCCCGCAGCCACCUACAAUGAAGAGGUGGCACGCUUUGGUAAUGAAUUGGCCGGCGAAGAGGUCGCAUUGAGUGGACUCAGGUUUUUCAGCGUCACCAGGAAGCUGGUCUUAACGGUCGCGGGUACCAUUGUCACCUACGAGCUGGUGCUUAUACAGUUUCACGAGGACGAAAAAGAGUGGCAUUGCGGCACGGAUUAG